CCUCGCAGCAAUAUAAGGAUCGGCCUCUCCGCCCCGCCCGCCGCCUCCACCUCCUGCCUCCCACCUCUCCACUCCCAAACCCUUCGCCGGCGACGAUGGCGGUCGUGGAGCCUGCCCCCGGCGGCGACGUGAAGCUCUUCAACCGCUGGACCUUCGAGGACGUCCAGGUGAACGACAUCUCGCUGAACGACUACCUGGCGGUGACGGCGACGAAGCACUACACGUUCCUGCCGCACUCGGCGGGGCGCUACUCGGCCAAGCGAUUCCGCAAGGCGCAGUGCCCCAUCAUCGAGCGCCUCACCAACUCGCUCAUGAUGCACGGACGCAACAACGGCAAGAAGAUCAUGGCCGUGCGCAUCAUCAAGCACACCAUGGAGAUCAUCCACCUCCUCACCGACUCCAACCCCAUCCAGAUCAUCGUCGACGCCAUCAUCAACAGUGGGCCACGGGAGGAUGCCACCCGUAUUGGUUCUGCUGGUGUUGUGAGGAGGCAGGCUGUGGAUAUCUCCCCCCUCAGGAGGGUGAACCAGGCCAUCUACCUGCUCACCACUGGUGCCAGGGAGAGCGCUUUCAGGAAUAUCAAAACUAUUGCUGAGUGCCUCGCUGAUGAGUUGAUCAAUGCCGCCAAGGGCUCAUCCAACAGCUAUGCCAUCAAGAAGAAGGAUGAGAUUGAGCGUGUUGCCAAGGCGAACCGUUAAGAUGGAUGUGCAUCUGAGGGUCUCGUUGCGUUGGCUGGAGAGAUUUUGAACUGUGUUCUUGUUUACCUGAUGAUAUCUAGUUUUGUUUUAGCGUUUUAUCGCGAACAUUUAGUGGAAUGUAAGAUGGCAGACUUGUGUCUGGUGCUUGUCUUGUGAGACUGAUUCAUGUAAUCCUGUUCCUACAUAUUUAAUCUUUGUAGGUGCAUUUCAUGAUGCAACCUAUCAUGAACGUUA